UGAUCGAUGACAGGAUACUGUGUAUGCAUGGUGGGAUCUCCCCGGAGUUGACAAGCUUGGACCAGAUCAGGAACAUCUCACGCCCAAUGGAUAUUCCUGAAUCAGGUUUGGUUUGUGAUUUGCUUUGGUCGGAUCCUAGUGCAGACGUCAAAGGAUGGGGGUGAAUGAUCGUGUGUUUCAUACACUUUUGGAGCUGACAUUGUUGCAGAGUUUUUGCAAAAAAAAUGACAUGGACCUUAUCUGCCGUGCCCACCAGGUUGUUGAAGAUGGGUAUGAGUUCUUUGCAGACAGACAGCUUGUUACUGUAUUUUCAGCUCCCAACUAUUGCGGAGAGUUUGACAAUGCUGGCGCAAUGAUGAGCAUUGAUGAGAGCUUAAUGUGCUCCUUCCAAAUUCUA